CAAACCCCGCAAGCACCCCAUUAGGUGAGUAGUUUUCAUGCAUGGGCUUAGUAACGUAUUGGAGUAAACACUUGUCAUGCAUGAACCCCAGUUUACCUACUGGUGUAAACACCAGUCAUGCAUGGGUCAAGUAGACCUACUGGUGUAAACACCUGUCAUGCAUGGGCCAAGCAGACCUACUGGUGUAAACACCUGUCAUGCAUGGUCCAAGUAGACCUACUGGUGUAAACACCUGUCAUGCAUGGUCCAAGUAGACCUACUUGUGUAAACACCGGUCAUGCAUGGUCCAAGUAGACCUACUUGUGUUUUUUACCUGUCAUGCAUGGUCCAAGUAGACCUACUGGUGUAAACACCGGUCAUGCAUGGGCCAAGUAGACCUACUGGUGUAAACACCGGUCAUGCAUGGGCCAAGUAGACCUACUGGUGUAAACACCGGUCAUGCAUGGUCCAAGUAGACCUUCUGGUGUAAACACCGGUCAUGCAUGGGCCAAGUAGACCUACUGGUGUAAACACCGGUCAUGCAUGGGCCAAGUAGACCUACUGGUGUAAACACCGGUCAUGCAUGGGCCAAGUAGACAUACUGGUGUAAACACCGGUCAUGCAUGGUCUCAACAAGCCAAGUGCAUUCAUUUUUUCUUGUGUUCUUGCAUUCCCUAUUUAUCUUUUUAACACAGGAUGGUACAGGUCUAAGCGACUUCUGAUGCCUGUCUGCUGCUGAUAGAUUUCCCUUCCUAACUCAUGGUUGACCUUAACCUAUUUGUUUGAACACGAUCUGUCAAUCGAUUAACAACCAUGGGUAUCUAAUUACUACUGGGUGAACUGGGGCGAGGAGUUUCCUGUUACGCUAAUGAGAAUUGACUCUGCUACCACCCCACCAGGAGAACCUGAUCAAGAUGAGCACACCUUCCAUGGAGACGGAGAGGAAGCUCCCCCGAAUGGAAAAGCUGACGGAGAAGACGACGAGGAUGCUCCUGACGGUGCUACUGCUGUUCCUGGCCACGGAGCUGCCUCAGGGCAUCCUCUCUCUCCUCUCCGCUAUCUACGGCCAUUCCUUCUUCAGGAAGUGCUACCUACACUGGGGGGAGGUGAUGGACCUUCUCGCGCUCAUCAAUGGAGCCGUCAACUUCCUCCUCUACUAUAUCAUGUCUCAUCAGUUCCGGGUUACCUUCCGCUCGCUCCUAUCUCCACCUCAGCCCGUCAACUUGUCACCACGGCUUCCGGGCGAGACAGUUUCCACUCAGCUCUAGGUGAAAGUUCGGCCCACAGCUGAUAAAAGCCACAUAACGCGUUGUUUACCGUAGUUAAGGAUGAUGUACGCUCCGUCACCUGAAUGAGGCUUAUACUGCAUUGUGUGUGGUACAGACUCAGUCUACCGCAGUGUUUUUAGGAGCUAUAUUGCUAGAUUGUAGAGGCCUUCGCUAUAUUGUUGCUAUUCCUAAUAAGUAAUAGGGAUAGAAUCUUGGAACCUCCACCUCAUCAUCUUGUCCAAGAUUCUGGCCUGGUGGCAUCUUCUAGUAAGUAUCCCUCAAUACUGGAAUCUUAGCUGUUGCUCGUUUAGCCCCACUUGUUUGGAAGUGGUUAAUUGGUACCACUUGGCCACCAACUUUUUGUACCUGUACCACAUCAUUGAUCCAUCGUUCAUCCACCAGUGAACAAAAUUCAGCAUUCUUCGAUACUGUGUUUCAUCUCGUACAACAUUUAUAUAAUGGUUUGUUUCUUUUUCUUUUUCCUCGCCAUUCUUCUUUUCCCCCCUAUUUCUCCUCCAGUAGUCACCGGAAGAUGCUUACGUAAAUUGUUCCGAAAUCUUAAAAAAUUGAGGCGAUAAAUAUUUUAGUUGACAGUUGGAAGCCGCUGGUGACGAUGCUGUUGACGCUGAGAGGCGGUCACUAGCAGGGAUACCAUUAGUAACUGGCAGUCCUAUGGAAACCCCUAGAUUCAUGUGUGUUCCAUGUUGAGCCAAUAUAUGCUUCAUGUGGACCCCAUGUGUGUUCCAUGUGGAGCCAAAAUAUGCUUUAUGUGGAGCCAAUAUAUACUUCAUGUGGACCCCAUGUGUGUUCCAUGUGGAGCCAAAAUAUGCUUCAUGUGGAGCCAAUAUAUACUUCAUGUGGACCCCAUGUGUGUUCCAUGUGGAGCCAAUAUAUGCUUCAUGUGGAGCCAAAAUAUGCGUCAUGUGGAGCCAAUAUAUACUUCAUGUGGACCCAAUGUGUGUUCCAUGUGCAGCCAAUAUAUGCUUCAUGUGGAGCCAAUAUAUACUUCAUGUGGACCCAAUGUGUGUUCCAUGUGGAGCCAAUAUAUGCUUCAUGUGGAGCCAGUAUAUGCGUCAUGUGGAGCCAAUAUAUGCUUCAUGUGGAGCCAAUACAUGCGUCAUGUGGAGCCAAUAUAUGCGUCAUGUGGAGCCAAUAUAUGCGUCAUGUGGAGCCAAUAUAUGCUUCAUGUGGAGUCAAUAUAUGCUUCAUGUGGAGCCAAUAUAUGCUUCAUGUGGAGCCAAUACACGCGUCAUGUGGAGCCAAUAUAUGCGUCAUGUGGAGCCAAUAUAUGUGUCAUGUGGAGCCAAUAUAUGCGUCAUGUGGAGCCAAUAUAUGCUUCAUGUGGAGUCAAUAUAUGUUUCAUGUGGAGCCAAUAUAUGCUUCAUGUGGAGCCAAUAUAUGCUUCAUGUGGAGCCAAUACAUGCGUCAUGUGGAGCCAAUAUAUGCGUCAUGUGGAGCCAAUAUAUGCUUCAUGUGGAGCCAAUAUAUGCGUCAUGUGGAGCCAAUACAUGCGUCAUGUGGAGCCAAUAUAUGCGUCAUGUGGAGCCAAUAUAUGCUUCAUGUGGAGUCAAUAUAUGUUUCAUGUGGAGCCAAUAUAUGCUUCAUGUGGAGCCAAUAUAUGCUUCAUGUGGAGCCAUUAUAUGCGUCAUGUGGAGCCAAUAUAUGCUUCAUGUGGAGUCAAUAUAUGUUUCAUGUGGAGCCAAUAUAUGCUUCAUGUGGAGCCAAUAUAUGCUUCAUGUGGAGCCAAUACAUGCGUCAUGUGGAGCCAAUAUAUGCGUCAUGUGGAGCCAAUAUAUGCUUCAUGUGGAGUCAAUAUAUGCUUUAUGUGGAGCCAAUAUAUACUUCAUGUGGAGCCAAUAUAUGCUUCAUGUGGAGUCAAUAUAUGCUUCAUGUGUGGCCCAUGUGUGUUCCAUGUAAAACCAAUAUAUGCUGCAUGUGGAGCCAAUGUGUGUGUUCUACGUGGAGCCAGUAGAUGCUUCUUGUGGAGCUCAUAUGUAUAUGGAACAAAUAUAUAAUGCAAGUGGAGCUCAAGUGUAUUCCAUGUGGAGCCAAUAUAUGCUUCAUGUGGAGGCAAUAUAUGCAUCAUGUGGAGCCCCAUAUGUGUUCCAUGUUAUGCAAAUAUGUUCCAUGUGGUGCAUAUAUGUUCCAUGUGGAGCAUAUAUGUUCCAUGUGGAGCAUAUAUGUUCCAUGUGGAGCAUAUGAUA